AAGAAUGCUAGCUGGGGCUGGGUUUGCUGUCAAUUUGAGAUCUUUAUUAGCUUCCAAAGCCUUCUCCAAUUCUCAGUCGACUUUCUCACUCUCUUCUUCACUUUCUCGGGUUUCUGUUCGCGCCAUGGCUGCAUCUGCUGGGCCGUUUAAGAAAGUCCAAAUCCAGAGAGAUGAUACUGCAUUUGAUGCGUAUGUUGUUUGCGAAGAAGAUGCUCCGGGAAUUGUUGUACUUCAGGAGUGGUGGGGUGUAGAUUUUGAGAUUAAGAACCAUGCUGUCAAAAUCUCUGAACGCCCUGGAUUCAAGGCACUUAUCCCUGACUUGUAUCGGGGAAAGGUUGGUUUGGAUGUUGCUGAAGCACAACAUUUGAUGGAUGGUCUCGAUUGGCAAGGUGCUGUAAAAGAUAUCCAAGCUUCAGUUAAUUGGCUGAAAUCAAAUGGUUCAAAGAAGGUUGGUGUUACUGGAUUUUGCAUGGGAGGCGCUCUCUCAAUUGCAAGUUCUGUUUUAGUCCCUGAGGUAGAUGCUGUCGUUGCAUUCUAUGGAUUACCAUCAUCAGAUCUUGCUGAUCCUGCUCAAGCUAAGGCUCCUAUUCAGGCUCAUUUUGGAGAGCUUGAUGGUUUUGUUGGCUUUUCAGAUGUGACGGCUGCCGAGUCUUUGGAGGAGAAGCUGAAAGCAUCAGGAAUUCCAUAUGAGGUGCACCUGUAUCCGGGCAAUGCCCAUGCUUUCAUGAAUAGGUCUGAAGACGGUGUGAAGCGCAGGAAAGGCAUGGGAAUGCCUGAUGAGGAUGAAGCUGCAGUCCAGCUCGCUUGGUCUCGCUUCCAGUCAUGGAUGACCCGCCAUUUGUCUGCUGAAGCAUAGUAGUGUUAUGCACCCGGUCGUAUGCUACUCAGCAAUUUCUACUUAGUACCCAUCCGUCUGUUGCGAGUGGGUGUUUUAUUGAGACUCAAGGCCUUUAAGGAUUGAAGUUGUGUGCUUGUAAUUACCCUACUCUUUUGUUUGCCUAGCAAUACUAUCGUAGUACUUUGAUUCUAUCUUCUCUCCACGAGCAAUCUACUCCUUUUUCCAUGA